AAGUAAGUGAAUCAGGAUGAAGUGCAAGAUUCCGGAGAUCUCGUGGCACAACCGCGACCCCGUUCUGAGCGUGGAUAUUCAGCAGAACGGCCAAGGUCUGCGGGAUCCCACCAUCUGUCGACUGGCUUCGGGCGGGACCGAUGCGCACGUCCUCAUCUGGUAUGUGAACCGAGCCAAGGACGAUGGGGGUGAGGGGGUGGACCUGGAGCUGGCCGUCGAUCUGUCGCGGCAUCAGCGGGCGGUCAACACAGUGCGCUGGUCGCCCAACGGCGAGCUGCUGGCCUCCGGCGACGACGAAAGUGUGGUCUUCAUUUGGAAGCAGAAGGCGGAUCAUGAAGUGGUCAAUAUUGUGGAUGCCGACGGGCAAAGUGAGCAGGAUAAGGAAGUGUGGACGACACUAAAGGUGCUACGCGGCCACCGCGAGGAUAUCUACGAUCUUAGCUGGUCGCCCAAUUCGCUGUUCCUGGUCACUGGAUCGGUGGACAACACGGCCAUGAUGUGGGACGUAUACAAGGGCAAGUCGUUGGCCAUUCUGGACGAUCACAAGGGCUAUGUGCAAGGCGUGGCCUGGGAUCCGUGCAAUCAAUACAUAGCCACCAUGAGCACAGAUAGACAAAUGCGCAUCUUCGAUGUCAAUACCAAGCGGGUGCUACACCGGGUCAGCAAGUGUGCAUUUCCCGUAAAGGAGGACCACGAGAUGCACGGCAAAGGCAUCCGACUGUACCACGACGGUACCCUGCAGACCUUUUUCCGCCGAUUGUGCUUUACUCCUGAUGGCAAAAUCCUGCUCACGCCCGCCGGCAUCACCGACUACGACGGAGUGAUGAAACCACUAAACACCACUUACGGAUUUAGUCGCUACGAUCUAGCCCAUCCUGCAUUCGUUCUGCCAUUCCCCAACGAAUAUGCCGUGGCCGUGCGCUGUUCUCCGGUUUUGUACCGUCUGAGACCGUACAACGCGGAGAAGAACCCUCCUGUUAUCUCCCUGCCCUAUCGAAUGAUCUAUGCCGUGGCCACCAAGAACUCUGUAUUCUUCUACGACACCCAGCAGUCGGUGCCGUUUGCUAUUGUCUCCAACAUCCAUUAUACACGACUAACAGAUCUGACCUGGUCAAGUGAUGGCAACGUGUUGAUCGUGUCCAGCACCGACGGCUUUUGUUCUCUGUUGACCUUCGAGCCGGAUGAGCUGGGCGAGCAGUACGAGGAGAUGGAGUCAGUGCUGAGCGCUACUCUAAAGUCAUCGGAGAACGUGGCGCCUCCGACAAAGAAAAAGAAGCCAAAGAUCCGUAAACAGUCGUCAGACGAAGUGCCACGUAGGCCGCUGCAGGAGAAGACCAAGUCGAAUCGGAAAGAUAAAAAGGCAGCCGCCGGCUCGGAGCUCAAGGAGGAGGGUGAAACCGAUCUGGACGCUGAAAAUGACUCAUCAAUGAACAGCGCCAGCUCCGGAUCUAGUUCAAACAGUCCGAAAACGGAUAAAGCGCAGAUCAAACCAACGCCCAUCGCUUUUCGGAGGUCGCCCCGAAAAGUGGCACCCACACCAAUCGCCACUAGGCGUUCCCCUCGCAAGACAGAACCGGAAGAAGUCAAGAGCAAUGGGCAGAAACCCACGCCUAUUGCAAUUCGCCGUUCGCCUCGCAAAGAGGAGGAUGCACCAGUUGUUGCUGCAGCAUCGCCUGCAACCCUUAAACGCAAGAUCAGCACGGAGGCGGAGCCUUUACCGCUGGCAGGAGGAGUGAUUGCAGUGCUGGACAAGGAGAUCAUCAGCUCGGAGGAGAAGUUCGAGUCGCCGGAGAAGAAAUGCCGCCCGGCCACACCCAUUCAGGUGCGUCGUCAGCCACGCACACCCAGCAGCGCAAGCAACUUCAACCUUACACCGAAAAGCCAAUCCGCCAAACAAGCCACGCCCAUUGCUGUGAGGAGAACGCCACGUGUUCUUGUGGAAAUGCCGGUCAACUCGCCCGUGGUUCCUGUAGAGGAGGCCAUGGAUGCUUGGCCAUUAGACGAUGGCGUUUCUCCGCUGCCGUCUUCGCAAAAGGACUCGCAGGAUCCACCUCAACCAGAGAUCAAAGAGGAGAAAGAGUCGAAGUCAGUGCCUUUGGAGGUCAGCGAGGCGACGUGUGAACGCACCGAGGAUAUUCGCCUUGUCUACGAGGAUACGCAGGAGGAGCAGGCGGCCAGUACGCCAUCCAAGCCCACCGCCUCGAAGCCGUCCACGCCCAACAACAAAACACCGCGGCGCGUAUCCUUGCGCACAAUUUCCACACCAAAAUCAAAAAAGAAAUUGUUAGAGUAGACCGAAACCUAUAGAUUAGUCAAAUUAUAAAUAUCAAAAAUAAAAUACAAGACAAGGUUUUAGAAAGUA